UCAUUGUUCACUUGACAUAAUCUUUGCUGUGAAACAUUCUUUCAAUAUUGGUUGGCAGCUUCACAACAAUGUUGAUUUAUAUAUUUAUUUCUUGUGUAACAAUCCUUGAAGCAGCAAUCAUAACGAAUGUAGUGCCAACUACACUGAGUGUUGGUCUUUCAAGGAAUCUCAAAGUGGAGUGUCUUUUCUCUCGGGGAGAAAACCCAACGAUGUCUUAUUUAAUUUCUUUAUCUCUCUAUCGUUCAGCAAAUAAAACUGAUUCAGAACUCAUCUACAUCGCUUCUAUCAACAGUUUUGAUGCAGAUGUUCAGGCGGCAAAAGUUGAAGAUUCCAUUGCGAAAUUUUCUGGACAAAUCAACAACAAAAAUGAAUCUUUUCUUAGAGUUGUUUGGGAAUUUCCGGACCUAAAUAAGUCUGGUGUUUACAAGUGUGAAGCCAAUGGAAUCAAUACGUUAGGGAAAGCUGUAACUCUAUCUAGCACUGCUGUAGUUAUCGGUGUAAGGCCUGAUAAUGAACAACUUGUCGAGACUCUACAAAAAUUAACACAGAAUAUGGAAAAUCUUCAAUCAAGAAUGAAUUCCACAGAAGAUCAUGUAAGAAUUCUUGACAACUUUAAUAAAUUGAGAUCCUCUGAACAAAAUAAUUUGACAAAUGCUUUGUUUGUGGUAUCCCCAACUUUUCGAGGCAAACAAUACAUGCUGAUAAAGAACCAACUCUAUAUCACCGCAAACCUAGCUGAAGUUCUCUGUGGUGUGUUUGGAGGUUAUCUCGCUGAGGUUGACAGUGAAGAGGAAUUCAGAUUUAUCAGAGACAAUUUGCUGGCACUAAAUCUGUUUCGGUUUGUUGUUACUGGGGCUACAGACGAGAAAAAAGAAGGAGUUUGGAUCAAUCGUUACAGCAAAACUCCAGCAAAAGUUUUCAACUGGGGCCCAGGAGAACCAAAUGGUGGAAAUAAUGAGAACUGCCAAAGUUACGGCUACUAUGGAAACAAUUGGUAUAUGAACGAUCUGGGCUGUUCGGUUUAUACAGCAUUCGCUGUUGGCUUUGUUUGUGAAGUAGAAGUGAAGAAAUAGCUUCGUCACAUAGACACAAUGUCAAGUAAAACGUUUUACCAUAAGACUAUUUAUAUAGUCAAUGGUUUCAACACAUAAUAAAGCAAUGCUAU